AUGUCACGGCGAAGAGACCCCAAGUCCCCGCUGGCAGAUUACAUUCGUCGUCUCGGUGGCGUCACCCGGCGAUCCAACGCUACAACGUCGUUGACGCCAUCAACGGGUGGCGAAGGUGGUGGCCGCUACGCUCUUUCGGCCACUGAGCGAGCUGUGCUGUCGACUGCCCCUACGCGUGGCCGCUCUUUUCUCCCGCGCACCCGAAAUCUCGGCAACGACGAUGCCCAUCGUGGGGGUGAAGUGAAGCCAAAAACACCACCACAUAAGUCACCACAGCAACGCCAGCAACAAGAGCAGCAAGGGAGUUGCAAGUCAACAAAGCCAGCAAAUACUCCCAGUUCGUCCAAAAGCUCGUCGUCUGUCCACACUGCGAAGGGACAGCCACGUGUGCGUGGCAGCAGCUCCCCUACUUGGGAAGACUUCAAGCCGCCGGCAGUCCGGAAAAAGGCACCAGACAGUGGGGCUGGACCAAAGGGACAACCAAGCCGUAAGCACCCAAGAGAAAAAGGAGGCGAAAAAGAGUGA